AAAAAAUCAAAUCUUUAUAACUUGGUUUCUUAUUUCGAAAAAAUAUUGUUGCCAUAUUCAAAAAGAAGCAGCACACAAUUGUUAAUCCAACGGUGUCAUCAAUAAAAUGUCGAGAAGACGGCACAGUGACGGAGAUGAUGGAGGCCAAUCUCACAAAAGAAGGAGAACGUCUGAGCCCAUUGAGAUUGAGGAUCGCCUGGAAUCACUGAUAUGUCGAGUGGGAGAAAAGAGUACCUCUUCCCUGGAAAGCAAUUUGGAAGGUCUUGCAGGUGUCUUGGAAGCCGACCUCCCCAAUUACAAAAACAAAAUCCUCCGCAUUUUGUGUGCUGUGGCUCGACUUCUACCCGAGAAGCUGACAGUGUACACAACAUUAGUGGGCCUUCUCAAUGCCAGGAACUACAACUUUGGCGGGGAGUUUGUGGAGGCCAUGAUCCGACAACUCAAAGAAACCUUGAAGGCCAACCUGUACACCGAAGCGCUUUACCUAGUGCGCUUCCUCUGUGACCUGGUGAACUGCCACGUGAUCGCUGCCCCCUCCAUGGUGGCCAUGUUUGAGAACUUUGUUAGUGUCACUCAGGAGGAAGAUGUGCCACAGGUGCGCUCGGACUGGUUUGUCUAUGUUGUACUCUCCAGUCUCCCCUGGGUUGGGAAGGAACUCUAUGAGAAGAAGGACGUGGAGAUGGACAGGCUCCUAAACCAGAUUGACGGUUACCUCAAGAGGCGACUGAAGACUCAUGUCCCCAUGCUUCAGGUUUGGACAGCAGAGAAGCCACACCCACAAGAGGAGUACCUGGACUGCCUGUGGGCUCAGAUCCAGAAGCUGAAGAAGGACCGCUGGCAGGAGCGCCACAUCCUGCGUCCGUACAUUGCCUUUGACAGCGUGCUGUGUGAGGCCCUGCAGCACAACCUGCCACCCUUCACCCCACCUGCCCACAUGCCCGACUGCCAGUACCCCAUGCCUCGCGUCAUCUUCCGCAUGUUCGACUACACCGAUGCCCCCGAGGGUCCCGUCAUGCCAGGCAGCCACUCUGUGGAGAGGUUUGUGAUUGAGGAUAACCUUCACAACAUCAUCAAGUCCCACUGGAAAGAGAGGAAGACCUGUGCUGCGCAGUUGCUCAGCUAUCCAGGGAAAAACAAGAUCCCACUCAACUAUCACAUUGUGGAGGUGAUCUUUGGAGAGCUCUUCCAGCUGCCCUGUCCCCCCCACAUCGACGUUAUGUACACCACACUGCUCAUCGAGCUCUGCAAGCUGCAGCCAGGCUCCCUGCCUCAAGUUUUGGCGCAAGCCACAGAGAUGAUGUACAUGAGACUGGACACUAUGAACACUACUUGCAUAGACCGACUCCUCAACUGGUUCUCCCACCAUUUGAGCAACUUUCAGUUCCGAUGGAGCUGGGACGACUGGACGGACUGUUUAGCGCUGGAUGCAGACAAGCCCAAGCCCAAGUUUGUCAAGGAGGUUCUGGAGAAAUGCAUGAGGCUCUCCUAUCAUCAGCGGAUAGUGGACAUCGUCCCGCCCACUUUCUCAGCCCUCAUCCCAGCCGACCCCAUCUUCUUUUACAAAUACCAAGAUGAGGCCAACAGUGCGCUGCCAGGCUAUGCCGUGGCCAUAACGGUGGGCAACGCCAUCAAGAACCGGGCCUCCAACGAGGAGAUCCUCACCGUGCUCAAAGACGUGCCAAACCCCAACCAGGAAGAUGACGAUGAUGAGGGUGAGGGCUUCAACCCCCUAAAGAUAGAGGUGUUCCUGCAGACACUCCUCCAUCUUGCUGCCAAGUCCUUCAGCCACUCCUUCAGUGCCCUGGCCAAGUUCCAUGAGAUUCUGAAGGUCCUGACGGACUGUGACGAGGGCAAGCUGCACAUCCUCCGGGUGGUCUACGAGGUCUGGCGGAACCACCCACAAAUGAUCUCUGUGCUGGUGGACAAGUUGAUCCGUACACAGAUUGUGGAUUGUGCAGCUGUAGCCAACUGGCUCUUCUCCCCAAACAUGGCUCAUGAAUUUACCAGGUUUUACGUGUGGGAGAUUCUGCACUCCACCAUCCGUAAGAUGAACAAACACGUCCAGAAGAUUCAGAAAGAGCUGGAGGAGGCCAAGGAUAAGCUGGAGAGGCAACAGCAUAAGAAGCAGAAGGACAGUGGCGAUGAGGAGGACAUGGAGAAGAACAGUGAGGAUGAGGACGGUCAGCUGGAGGAGCAGAUCGAGCGUCUGCAGGAGAAGGUGGAGUCGGCCCAGAGUGAGCAGAAGAACCUCUUCCUAGUCAUCUUCCAGCGCUUCAUCAUGAUGCUGACGGAGCACCUGGUGCGCUGCGAGACAGGCAGUGUGGACUUCAGCACGCCCUGGUACAAGAACUGCAUCGAGAGGCUGCAGCAGAUCUUCCUUAUGCAUCAUGUGACCAUCCAGCAGUACAUGGGGACCCUGGAGAACCUGCUGUUCACCGCCGAGCUUGACCACCACAUCCUAGCUGUUUACCAGCAGUUCUGUGCCCUGCAGCUCUGAGACCCUGCACACACACCAUUACUUUACA